AUGACUAUGACCCAUGGAACUGCCAUAGAAUGCCACAGACAUGAUGAAUCAACCAUCUCGGCUCAGAAGGCAGCCAAAGUUAGCAUCAAGAACGCCAGGAUGCUCCUAUAUCGCGGCUGUACCGAGUUUUGGACAAGGCGCUUGGCCACCAGUUGCUGUCGCUGCAACGCCUCACUGCCAUACUAUGCAGAGGACAAGCUUUACCGGAGAAACAACAGGUCCUUGGUCCUAGAGCGAUUGGAUCCAUUGCCAAGGAACAAGCUGCCAGAUCCAAACAUGACAGAAGAGCAGAGAGCUAUGCAAAGAAUUGUUUGGAAUUGCAUGGACAAUCAGGACACCGCAGGUGUGCAAAAGUUGUGUCAAGAGAUCCCAGGCGAUGCAGGAGAAGAGUGGCAGCCAGUGCUCAGAAGUAUUGUGCAUUUCUUUUGUAAGACCUUGCAGUAUCGAGAGGCGCAUAUGAUGUUCCGACGCCUGCCAAUCCGCGACACGAUUGCAUACAACAUGAUGUUGCAGAUGCUGGCCAAGCUUCGGCAAACUCGUGAGUUUGAAAGAUAUUUGCAACAAAUGGACGAAGAGGAAGUGCCACGUUCUUCGAUUACAUCAUGUAUCAUUCUUUCUGCAUGCAAGGAGUCGUCUGACUGGCAAAAGGCGUUAGAUAUACUGAGCGAGCUGAAGACGACAUCUGAAGGGCAGCAUUCAACAAAUGUGCCUUAUUUGCUCGCGAUGACAGCCUGUGCCCGCGCGCGAGAAAAAGACACCGUGGCCAAACUUCUGGAAGAGAUGAAGGCGAAUCCUUCGGCAGAGGUUACAAGACCCUUGGAUGUGCAGCUGGCCUGGAGCUAUGCUGACCUAAACAGAGCUUACCGUAUUCCCCUUCAUGGUUUUGGCUUGGCCUUGUAA